UAAAAUCUUUGUUUCUGUAUUUUUCAUCUUAUUCUUUAAUAUAUAUAAGGUUUUUUUUAAUCUGGUGAAAUGUUCACCUGUACAUAUUACUUAAAUAUUUGCUUUUAUCCUACGGCAUCUAUAGAAUUAGAAGUAUUUCUUAAGCAGCUUUUUGGUGUGUCUUUAGCAACAAAUCUUGUGUAUCAAAUUCAACAAACAGCCAGCCCGCCAAAAACAUCUAUUUUUGAGCGUCUUCCUUCAAAAGACGUUGAAUAUUAUCAAGAUAUAUAUAAAAGAGCAGCAGAAUUUAGUUGGGGUGCAAAACGCGACUUGUUUCAUGAAGAAAUAAAGCCUAUUAGUUUAAAUAAAGGGAAACAACGACCAAUAAAUAGUACGUGGAAAAACGAGAAUUUACGGAUAGAAUAUAUCCUUGUGGAGUGGUUAGAUAUGGAUGAAAAGGAAGAACAACUAACAAGAGUGGAAUCACAAAAAGAAGAGCGACAAAAAUUGCUAAAAGACAAAGAUACUCCUUUGUCAAAACCGCGAUCAACACAUAAAAUAUCACGUGCACAGUAUAUACCAUUACGUGAAGGCAUUGCAGGUUCUCAGAAACAUGGAAUUUCGAAUUUUGGAUUUGGUAUAAUCCAAAUUUAUCGUUGUGAUGAAGAAAAAAUGUCUACAGUAGAUGAACGAUGGGGGAAUGAGAAAUUAUCAUCAAAGGAUAAAGUUGUUGCUGUACUUGCAGUACCAAGUUAUAUGACAACGUUUGAUUUUUUAGGAUUUGUAGGCGAGGAUGUGAAGAACCAAGUUAGUCAUUUUAGAUUUAUUCGAACAAGUGCGCCUAAUAGAUACAUGGUUUUACUCAAAUUUAGGCGUUUUAAGGAUGCCAAAGCAUUUUAUAACACUUUUAAUGGAAAACCAUUUAAUACGAUAGAACCGGAAAAGUGUCAUACUAUGUUUAUUAAACAUAUUUCUUUUGAGUCUAAGCAGGUAUCGAAGGUAGAAUCUUCAUCUAAUACGGAUGAUCCAUUUUUAUCGGCUUUUGAUAUCUUUGAAACGUGUCAAACAGCACCAAUAUCUACGAAACCUGUUCCACCACCGACACUUCGUUUACGUGAACUUCCAACAUGUGUUGUUUGUUUAGAAAGAAUGGAUGCAUCUGUUACCGGACUUUUAACCAUAUUGUGUCAACACACGUUUCACUGUCAAUGCUUAAGUAAAUGGGGAGGGAAUAUAUGUCCUGUAUGCCGGUAUUCACAACAAAAAGAUGUUUUAAAUGCAACUAGGACGAAUAGCCACUGCUUUACUUGCGAAACACAAAAAAAUUUAUGGAUAUGUUUAAUUUGCGGGCAUAUUGGCUGUGGUCGUUAUGAUCUUGCACAUGCUUAUGAACAUUAUACAAAUACGGGUCAUUGUUAUUCUAUGGACAUAGAAACAGAAAGAGUGUGGGAUUAUGCGGGUGAUGGUUAUGUACAUCAAUUAAUUCAAAAUAAAAUUGAUGGGAGUCUUCUUGAAUUUCCAACUACUUCUUACUAUGCAAAUACGGACUCUGCAGCAUCUGAACAAAAUGAAUUAGAUCUAAAAAACAAAUUAGAAUCAAUAAGCUUGGAAUAUACAUAUCUUUUAACGUCCCAGCUUGAAUAUCAAAGAAUUUAUUAUGAAGAUAAGAUUAUGGAAGCAGCAGAUAAAGCGAAAAAGGCUUUAGAAGAAGAAAAAUUGGCCAAGAAAGAGACUUCUAAUGUCACGAAAAAACUUUUGGAAUUACAAGAGGAUUUUAAUCAACAUCAAAAAAAAACAGAAGACUUAAAAAAGCUAAAUUCCCUUAAUGAAAGAAAAGUAGAAAAAUUUUCUGAAAUAGCACAACACAUGGAAAAAGAAUGGAAAGAUGAAAAAUUACUAAAUUCAAAAUUAAUGCAGCGUAUUGAGCACUUAAAUUCUCAAAAUAAUAAAAUAAAAUUGGAUUUAGAAGAUUCGAAAAAAAAAAAUCAAGACCUUUCUGAUCAGCUAAGAGACAUUAUGUUUUAUAUUUCUUCACAAAAACACAUCGAUACCAUAGACGAUACUCUAAAACAAGAGCUCCAAAAUGGAACUAUUUAUGUACCUCACAAAUCCAAAAAAAAAUAUAAAAAGUAA